CUUCUGGGGGGAACACACGUAGUCCACAUGGCCUGUCUGCCUACAAAUGGUGCAAACUUACAAAGUCUACAAGAAAGAGGGAGCUGUGACAAGCUCUGAUUAUUAAAUAAAUAUACACGAAGACGCACAAAUGUAAUGAUGCUCUAUAUGGAUCAGAGCUAAUGGGCUUGUUUGUUAUCUCUGGGUAAAUUUGGAGUAUUAUCUGGUAAAGAAAAGGACAAACAAGGACCUGGAGGGGACAUCAGAGCUAACAACGUGUUACCUAGUAACAGGUACCUAGACAGAUGACUCCCGCUGCGUUAUGGGCUCUGCUGUUGCUCCAGUUCGGCCUGGUUAUAGGCUCUCAUAAACAUUUGCAUGAAGAUCACUAUACUGAUCAGCAGCACAAUCCUGAGCACGACAUCAACGUUCUGCUGGGAGAUGAGAACACAGAGGAGAUAAAGAAACUCAGCCCAACACAGCAGAGGAGAACAAUGAUGGAAAUCGUGAAGAAGAUUGACACAAAUGCUGACAAUCUGCUGAGUGCAGAGGAGAUCACGCUGUGGAUACAACACGUCUACAGAAAAUAUGCCGUAGACGACGCAAAGGAGCACUUCCCGGAGUAUGACGCCGACGGAGAUGGAGUUGUAACAUGGAGGGAAUACAACACAGUCGCUCAUGAGCAGCUCAUUCGCUUUGAUGACGGUGCUGCUGUGGAGGAUCCAGAGCAGGAGUCUCUGAGACAUCUCUAUCUGAAGGAGAAGAGGCGUUUUGACUUUGCUGAUGUGGACGACACUCCCGGCCUUAACGUGACAGAGUUUCUGGCCUUCACGCACCCAUCGGAAGUGGAUCGCAUGGCUGAUUUUGCCAUUGAAGAUGUGUUGAGUGAAUAUGACACAGACAAAGACGGAUUCAUCAGCUUAAGAGAAUUCAUCGGCGACAUUCGUGGUGACGAGGAGUCACCUUCGCAGUGGGAGAUUGAAGAGACGGUGCGGUUUAAAGACCUCUACGAUCAAGACAAGGACGGCAAGUUGAAUAGAGAAGAGCAACUUCGCUGGGUGGCGCCGAACAGCUACGGCUCAGCCAGAGAAGAGGCUCUUCACCUCAUCAAGGAAAUGGACCUGGAUGGAGACGGACAGAUCUCACAAAGCGAGGUUUUGAAGAACCAAGAAACCUUCAUGAACAGUGAAGUGACAGACUAUGGCAGACACCUACACGUGUCUCAUGAUGAAUUAUAACUAAUGUUUACUGGUAUAAGAUGUAACGUAGUCCCGGGGUUCACACCAACUCAUCCUAACUUACCGUUCCAUCAUCAACCUACAUGAGGAAAGUGAAGAAAGAAAGACAGAACUACUUGGAAGAUAUUGCAACAGCCGUGUUGUAUGCACACAUCCUCUACAACGAUCCUCAGUGUUUUAACACCUCUCUGUCAGUGUCAGCACAUUCUGACCGGCAGCAGCUUUGCAAAACCACGUGUUGCGAGACCUGAUGAUCUUUUUCUUGAUUUUUUUUUAUUUUGUCACUCACCACCGCCUCACGAAUAAACAGGGAAACUGGGAA